AUGGAUAGCGUUUCCAUCGCCACAGGCUCCAUGGUCAGCUCUAUUCCUAAUGGCCAGCGGCCGACAGCGAAGGACAACCUGCGCCUUCUUUCUAGCCCCAACAGAUACCAGGACACGGGAACACCCCUGGCCCCCUCGACGCUAGAUCUCGCCGAAGAGACUGCUCGCCUUUACCCUCGCCAUGCAUUCAACCACUACGUGGAUCCCCUCCAACCCCCAUUGCUCCCAAUCGGCGCCUACUCAAUCGACCCCAAGAUCCAUCCCAACCUUGCGAGGGUUGCCACCGCAGUCUCCACACGACGCUCAUCCGCCGCGAACUUGGACUGCCUUUACCAGUCUGCCCAGGUGGUUGAGGGCAAUGCACCUGCACCGGGGCCGACCAAAGACACCAUAGAUCACCGCGGAGAGCAGUACACGAUUGGAGCAAACGAUGCCGCCGGCAUUCAGCGCAUGGGACCGGCUACAUGUUCGUCAGGUGGGGCAAGGGAGCAGCGUAACGAGCGCCCUCUCAAGCGCCCGCGUACAACAUCUGGCGCAGGUGGAUCGCCCCGUAGUCUCCAAACUGCACCCACGAUUGCUUAUCCUUUCGAUGGGCACGUGCCCGUGAUCGCUGGAAUGGUAGGCAAGCGACCGUGCCCUCAGGCACCCCCCGGGCAGCGGCACACUGUUGCCUACCAGAAGGCGGUCUCGGAAUGGAUCGCGGAGCGCACCAGCCGCGGGACUAAGCUGAACGACGCCGAGCACGACAAGCUGCUGGUCGCCAACUUCAUGACCGGCAAGAUGUUUUUCCGUCAUCCCCUCAACGUGGACUACGACGAGUCCACAAACCUUGACCCUGAAUUGUGGUCCAACUACACCGAGUGGGGCAAGACACUCGUCCCAGAGGCCGUGAUCUUCAACCGAUUGAGCACGGAGGAAAAGGAGUCGCUGCAUGACUGGCCUGACCGUGAUCUCUGGAAAGCUCUAUUUCUAAUUUGGCUACGCGACUACUGCGACCGCCACACGCGCGUGGUCUGGUACCGCCAGUGUUUCCGCUGCCAGCGCGGAGGCUGGCCGUGCAUGGUGUCGCACGAAAUGUUUGGCAAGGUCGAUGUGCGGCACAAGCGCGGCAAGGCGGGACAGGCAGCCAAGGGCUGUGCGUGCAUUCCAUGCCGUGUGUCCAAGGCCGAGUGCUCGCACCCGCGCCUCAAGGAACGGCUUCAGGAGUCGACUUGGGCAAUGUCCGAUCUUGAAGCGUACUGGGACGGAACGAUGAGCCUGACUGAACUCUUUGAACGGCGCCAGCGUCCCGAAGCCGAGGUGGGGCCCUUCGAUGCCGACGCAAUCGACAACUCCGUCGAUAAACAGGAGGACGAUGAGUUUGACGUCUUGGCCAAACUCGAGAGCCAAGGCCAGAAGCUACCGACCAUGGCCCCGCGCAAGACUUUAACCCGCUUCCAACGCGGUGCGCGCGAGGCGCGGGCAUCGCGUCGCGCAGACCGUGCCAAGGCCUUGGCGGGCGAGCGCGAGACCGACUCCAAAAAGCUGGUCAUGGUCCAGUACCUCGCUAGUCGCUUGCGCGAGGGUACAUUAACUUCCCCCAUGUACCCGUGGAAGGAGUACGAUAAGACGAUACGGGAUCUGUCGGCUUCCAACGCCCGCCGCCGCGCCGCGGGUGAGGGCUCACUUGCGCCCGAGGAUGUCGCCCCCUACACCGACUUCUAUAGCUUGUGGCUCAACGGCGCCCCCCUCAAUGCGCACGUCGCUUUCAGUCACCAAAUUGCGGUAGCUGGACCGUCAGCUGCCCCCGCGCAACGCAGGUCGGGGUCUCGCUCAAGCAAGACUAUCACGUCUACCUCAGACAGCUCGGCACUCCACUCGAGCCCCCCCUUGAGCCUCUACCAGCUUGAACCCACGCCCGCGCUGGUUGGAUCGCGAUCUUCCUCGUCCCCGGCUUCGGCUAUUAACACGCCGGAUACUAUUCACAGCCAUCUUCACCCGAGUGAGACUGCGGCUUGCCCCCACGAGUACUUUCCUGCGGGUGGCGAGGGCUCGCGGCAGCUUGAAGAGCUUGCUCCCGAUCUGGGGCGACGAUCUGCCCGCAUCAAACGACCACGUCUGCAAUAG